UCCGGAGGUGGGCGAAGGCAGCGCUCUCUCGGCACCUUGGAGAAAAUUCAUCGCGCCUCGCCUCCUCGCCUCCCCAGUUUCCUUCUCGCGAGCUUCCGCCAAGCCUCGCGAGAGCUCCUGUUCGCCAUCUUAGUUGUUCUGGUGCGGCGGCGGCGGCGGCGGCAGCUGCGCGAAGGAGCGAGUGCGGGCGGGCUUUGCGGGAGGCGUUCCCGCAGCAUUCCUUGCAGGGCAGGGGCCCCUCUCUCCCCCUCUCCUCCGCUCUCCUCCCCCCCGGCUCCCCGCCCUCGCCUGGCCCGCUCUCUUUCCGGAGGAGUGUGGUGCCCGCGCCCGCCGGGGGUCCCGCCCCUUUCUUGGCUCGGGCCCCGGGCCCUCCUCGCUGCCAGUGCUGGAUGGUGGCGAAAAUGAUCAUAGAAAACUUCGAGGCGCUCAAGUCCUGGCUCAGCAAAACCUUAGAGCCCAUAUGUGAUGCAGAUCCCUCAGCCCUAGCGAAAUAUGUUCUUGCCUUGGUCAAAAAAGACAAAAGUGAGAAAGAACUGAAGGCACUGUGUGUUGACCAGCUAGAUGUGUUUCUUCAAAAGGAGACUCAAAUAUUUGUGGAAAAACUUUUUGAUGCUGUGAAUACAAAAAGCUAUCUACCUCCACCAGAACAACCGUCAUCUGGAAGCCUAAAGCCAGACUUCUUUCAACAUCAAGAAAAAGACACAAAAAAGGAAGAGAUAAUUAAAGAAGAAGAACGAGAGAAGAAGUUUUCUAGAAGAUUAAAUCAUAGUCCCCCUCAAUCAAGUUCACGGUACCGAGAACCCAGAAGCAGGGAUGAAAGAAAGAAGGACGAGCGCUCUCGCAAGAGAGAGUAUGAUCGGAAUCCUCCGCGGAGAGAGUCCUAUAGGGACCGUUACAACAGAAGAAGGGGGCGGAGCCGGAGCUACAGCCGAAGCCGCAGUAGAAGUUGGAGCAAGGAAAGGUUGCGGGAUCGAGAUAGGGACAGGAGCAGGAGUCGAACAAGAAGCAGAACAAGGAGCAGAGAGCGGGAUCUUGGGAAGCCAAAAUAUGAUUUGGAAAGAACAGAGCCAUUAGAAAACAAUUAUACUCCUGUUUCUUCCGUUACAAACAUUUCAUCUGGUCACUAUCCUGUGCCUACACUAAGUAGCACUAUAACAGUUAUUGCUCCUGCUCACCAUGGAAAUAAUACUACUGAAAGUUGGUCGGAAUUUCAUGAAGAACAGUUGGACCAUAGUUCCUAUGGUAGACCGCCACUGCCAAAGAAACGGUGCAGAGACUAUGAUGAGAAGGGUUUCUGUAUGAGAGGAGAUAUGUGUCCUUUUGAUCAUGGAAGUGACCCUGUGGUUGUAGAAGAUGUGAACCUUCCGGGCAUAUUGCCUUUUCCUGCACAGCCCCCGGUUGUUGAAGGACCACCUCCUCCAGGACUUCCUCCCCCACCACCGAUUCUUACUCCUCCUCCUGUAAACCUUAGGCCGCCCGUUCCACCUCCAGGCCCUCUACCACCUAGCCUUCCACCUGUUACAGGACCACCUCCUCCUCUUCCUCCUUUGCAGCCCUCUGGUAUGGAUGCCCCUCCAAAUUCUGCAACCAGUUCUGUUCCUACAGUUGUAACAACGGGUAUUCAUCAUCAGUCACCUCCUGCUCCACCCUCCCUUUUUACAGAAACAUAUGAUACAGAUGGCUACAACCCUGAAGCACCAAGUAUAACCAGCACUUCAAGACCUAUGUAUAGACAUAGGGUGCAUGCCCAAAGACCAAAUCUGAUAGGACUUACAUCGGGAGAUAUGGACCUGCCACCAAGAGAAAAACCUCCUAAUAAAAGCAGCAUGAGGAUAGUAGUAGAUUCUGAGUCCCGGAAAAGAACUAUUGGUUCAGGUGAUGGAGUCCCAGUAAAGAAGAACUGGUUUGACAAGCCAAACUUUAACAGAACGAACAGCCCGGCUUUUCAGAAGAAGGUGCAGUUUGGAAAUGAAAAUACCAAACUUGAACUGAGGAAAGUUCCUCCAGAGCUGAACAAUAUCAGCAAACUAAACGAACACUUCAGCAAAUUUGGAAAUUUGGUGAAUUUGCAGGUUGCCUACCAGGGAGAUCCAGAAGGUGCUCUCAUCCAGUUUGCUACCCAUGAAGAGGCAAAGAAAGCUAUUUCAAGCACAGAAGCCGUAUUGAAUAAUCGUUUCAUUAAGGUGUACUGGCACAGAGAAGGCAGUGUUCCACCCAUGCCAGCUUCAGUACAGAAGGUUAUACAGCCUUUACCCCAGCAGCCCAUUUUACCUGUUAUAAAGCAGUCUGUCAAAGAGCGAUUGGGUCCAGUGCCUGUCAGUAACAUGGAACCUGCUGAAGCUCAGAGUGCAGGUGCAGAAGCUGUUCAGAAUGUAGCAAAACCCUCUGUGAAGGACAGGCUUGGGUUUGUGCCUAAACCACCUAAUCCAACUACUGAAAAGGUAUUGUCUACUUCUACUGGCUUGACAAAAACCGUGUAUAAUCCAGCUGCUUUGAAGGCAGCUCAGAAAACGUUGCCUGUUGUUAACCCUUCCGUGCUAGAUUCUAGUGAAGCACAGAAGAAAAAACAGGAAGCACUAAGACUUCAGCAAGAUGUGAGGAAGAAAAAGCAAGAGAUUUUAGAAAAGCACAUUGAAACACAAAAGAUGCUGAUUUCAAAGCUGGAAAAAAAUAAGACAAUGAAAACUGAGGAUAAAGCUGAAAUCAUGAAAACUUUAGAAACGUUGACUAAUAGCAUCACCAAGUUAAAGGAUGAGUUGAAAGGAGUUUCUUCCCCAGCAAAUGCUCCAUUGAAAAGCAUUAAGACAAAAGUACAGAUGCAAAAAGAGCUAUUGGAUACUGAAUUGGAUUUGUAUAAGAAGAUGCAAGCUGGGGAAGAAGUUACUGAACUAAGAAGAAAGUACACAGAACUGCAACUGGAAGCUGCAAAACGAGGAAUCCUCUCAUCGGGUCGUGGAAGAGGAGUUCAUGCACGUGGCCGAGGAGUGUCCCGUGGGAGAGGCCGGGGAGGAAGGGGCCGUGGUCGAGGAAGAGGGGUUCCUGUUCAUGCUGUUGUGGAUCACCGUCCCAGAGCACUUGAAAUCUCUGCCUUUACUGAGAAUGACCGUGAAGAUCUCCUUCCUCACUUCGCGCAAUAUGGUGAAAUUGAAGACUGCCAGAUAGAUGAUUCAUCUCUCCAUGCAGUGAUCACUUUCAAAACAAGAGCAGAGGCUGAAGCAGCUGCUAUCCAUGGAGCUCGAUUCAAAGGGCAGGACUUGAAGUUAGCCUGGAACAAGCCAAUCACUAACAUGUCCACUGUAGAAACAGAAGAGCCAGAGCCAGAUGAAGAAGAAUUUCAGGAAGAAUCGUUGGUGGAUGACUCUUUGCUUCAAGAUGAUGAUGAAGAUGACGACGACAAUGAAUCUCGUUCUUGGAGAAGAUGAUUCAACUGGUUAUUAACAGUGCUAGGACUGUACCUAUGUUACAUUAGCAUUUCCUAAUGUACUUUUGCAUAUUUGUACUACAAAGAGUUUCAGUAAAAGUGAUGGGUUUCAAAUAAGACACAUGAAGCUGAUUGAUCCUAUAUUUGUGUGAUUGAUGUUGAACUUGCAUUUACAUUUCAGUAAAUGAUUGCUUACGACAUCACAGUAGGAACAUAUGCAAUGUUUUUAUUCUACAGAAACAGUACCAAAUUCUUUGGGUUCUUUGUAAAUUAAGGGGUUGGUCACACAACAAAACGACCACGAGUUGUUAUAACAGGUUGUUUUUUGUUUUAUUCCAAAUACGGAAUGGAAAUUUGCAUUUAAGAUCUUUGUGAAUGUUUUCAGAAAUGAUAGAUAACAGUACUAAACGGAAGUCUCUAAAGUUAUGUAUUCAUAAUAUUGCAUAGUAGUAUGCUUAGGCUUUACUAUGUACUAGCCUUUUGUUGGAUUUGUGUACGUAUUUUACGUAUAAGUUUUAAUGAUACAGUGUACAACUGCUUUGCAUAUAUCUCCUUAUCACCUUAAGAUGUUUAAAAAAAUAAAGUAAUGGAAUGGUCUUGGGAAAAAAAGAGAAAAAAAGCAAUAAUGAACAUCAUGGCCCAUGACAGAGAAAAAAAAACAAUUAAAAAAGAAAAAAAAAGAAUUGAGACCAUUCCAAGUGGUGAUCCCCACCCCCCAUACUCACAAAAAGAGCUGAAUCACUAUGGUUAUUUUUCUUUCUUCAUGAGCUAAAACACUACAUCAUAAACAAAUAAUUAAUGCAAUUGGUUUAGUUUAUGUAUAUAUUAUGUGCUCAAAAUACUUUAAAGCACACUAGAAAUUUCAAACUGCUCCGUGUCAGAAUGUGACUUUCAGAGAGAGUUUUGGCUUUCCAUAACGAGAUAAUGUCUCAUAUUUUGGGAACUGAAGAGGACUUGCUCAUUGUGUGGUGAAGGUUCACGUUUAAGAAAUAAAGUGAAGUAAGAUGACUGUGCUCCCCUCCACCCGUCUCAAGCCACAAUUUUUACAUAUCAUCUGUCCAAAAUCUCAUUUCUUCUUGUGACGGUAGCCCUCCAAGGAGCGGUGUAUUCAGCUACAAAGAUUUUCCAGUACUUUGAGUCUUCUUGAAAUGUGACUUGGUCAUCACAUCAGCUUACCAUAUUUACUCUGUCCACAUCAUUUGGGAAUUGGAAAACAAUUUUGUGCUGCAAGAAUACAAUUGAUGUUUAAAUGCUUUGCCUUUAGAAAAGUAGAAAUGAAGGUACCCUUCAAUAUUAAUUAAGCAUGUUGGUUUACUAAGCAUGCAACUUUUCCAAAAAGUUGUUCAAAUAACUGGAUGGAAAGUGAUAAUAGGAAGGAUAACCCAUGAUCGUAUGUAGGGCAAGGAACAGGUCUAGCACAGUGUCACUUUGGUAAAUGUGUAACGAGACAGAGACAUAGCUAACUUGCCUCUUUUAUAUAUUGGCAUAGACUCAGUGGGUUGGAAUUGUAAGAUAGAUUAAUUUAAGGAAGGUCACAAAAGAAGUAUGUCUCCCCUGCUUGCCUUUAUCAAAUGCUCCAAUUUUCUGAGGUUUCUAUUCUGAGAAUAGUGUUCUGUCAGGUCCGCAAUUUAAUGCAAAGCUUAACAUUUAAGACUUUUUUUAAAAAAAUGGAAUCAUAUCUUUUUAUCUGUGACCUCUUAAGUAAUAACAAUCAAAGUUAGCACAAAACCUUAUGCCAAACAUCUUCUCUACUAAUUCUGAGAGUAUACUUCAUUAUGUGGGAGGGAGAGAUAACAUCAGGACUUCCUUAUUAGAUGAAAUUUGAAAUCUAGGUUCCAGUUCAAAGGUUCCAGUUUGAAAUAGUUUCAGUACCUGCAUUUACUUGAUUUGAAAGUCACUUGGUAAGGGAUCAUUAUAUUUUGCUAGCUGCCCAGUGUUUAAAAACAACAACUAUUGUGCUUUGUAAUACUGUUAUAUUAGGGUAAACCCUAGGGUAAACUAUUUCCUAAAAAUAGCACUGUUAAUUAUUUUCUGACAAUAGGCAUAAUUUUGAUAUUUUUAAUAUUUACAUAGAGUUGACGGCAUUUUACUUCUGUAAUGCUGGAGCUCUGACACAUACAAGUUAACUGAUUGGCAAAGAGAUCAGCAAAAAGGAGCUGCUUCACAAAGUGCACAGUCGAUUUUAUGAUAUUUGCCUCUGCAUAGUUAUUGUUAGGGUUGCUAGUUUAGGCUGGUUUAAACAGGCAUUUAAUAUUUAACUUUAUUUUUAAUACAGUUAAUAUUUAAUUUUAUUUUAGUGUUUGUAUGUUUUUAAAUUUUAUUGUAUCAGUUUUACUGUAAGCCACUUUGAGUCUCUUUUUUGGAGAGAAGCAGUGGAGUAUAAAGUAAUAUUAAUAAUAAUGACCGGAUGAGGCUUUGAGGUGGAAGUGGAGGAUGGGAGCGAGGUGCUGGUUCUGUUGGCAGGGCAGCAAUAGAGAGAUAGGAGGAGUGGGUGAGGUAAGAUGGUCAAGCUAAUUAAGCAUCAACUACAAACUUGCAAAUAAUCCCAUGAAAAGGAAACCAACAAACGUAGGAAAGUGACUGUAAUUAGUUAUUGGCCACAGAUUAAUUGAUUGGGAACAAAUUUGGCUUUGUGACUUCCCUACAGGUUCUGUCAGGAUACAGUGAAGUCUUCAAUUGUGAUUGAAUUUCACAUGAAUUUGGACUUAUUUACCCUUUGAAUAAUCUCAAGUAAUAAGACAUUGCUUUUAUCAAAAAAAAUAAAUGCUUCUUUAUGUGCAAACUUUUAAAAUAUUGUAACAAAGGUUCGUUCAGUUGGAUUCUGGCUGAAAUAUUUAGUCAAAAUAAGAGGAUUGUCCUGUUUUAAAAAGAAUUAAGCAGCAACAAGGGUGUCUUGUGAUUCUGAGAAGAGGUAAUUCUUCCUGGGGUUCAGAAAUGUUUUUAGUUUUACACUUCCAGCUUUUCUCGUUGUAUUUCAUGGGGUUAUGUAGAUUAUUUAAGUCUGUACUGUGACCAAUACGUUUCCAGUUCUUGUCUAAUUCUUGUCUAUAAGCCACUUUUCACAUCAGUUCAUUGGCUUACAGAAAAAUACAAACAAUUUUAGCAAUAAUCAUCAUAGAAAGCAAUUCUUUAGUUAUCCCAAAACAAUAGAACUCCUUAAAGGUUGGGGGGAAAACACUAUUGAUAUUUCUUGUAAUAAAAGAUCAGGAAGUAAUACAAUAACUAUAGUAAUAAAUAAAAGUUCAGUUUUUAUUACAGUAGAUAGCCAGUAAAGUUAGCUGCUGUGAUCUAAUUUAGUAGUUCCUAGGACAUAAUGAACCAAGACAGGUCCGGUUUGUCUAGAAAAUGUUGUGGUUGGCAAAUCAGACAAAAGUGAUUAAAAAGUAUUCUUUGAGUCCCUUUUGGCAUCAUUCUGAAUUUUUUAUUGAGCUUUUUUGCAGUUUCACAUUUCCUGUCAGGCAGUUCUGUGUUAGGCAGCCAUUUUUCAACUCACACUCAUAAUGUGUUUCAUUUCCCCCCAAAUGUUCAGAUAAUCAGUUGAAGAAGGAAGCUGCCAUAUCAAUUUUCACAAAACUGAUGGGGGCAGGAAGAGAAAAAGCAGUUUUAAGGCAAUUGCAAUAUCCAUGGGUCAGUUCUUGUAAGCUGUCUGAAGCAUGGCAUACCUAAAGACUUCAUCAGAUAGGUCGGGGAAAAGCAGGAACCCCCGGUGGCGCAGUGGGUUAAACCCCUGUGCCGGCAGGACUGAAGACUUGACAGGUCACAGGUUUGAAUCCGGGGAGAGGUGGAUGAACUCCCUCUAUCAGCUCCAGCUCCUUUUGCAGGGACAUGAGAGAAGCCUCCCACAAGGAUGAUAACAACAUCAAAUCAUCCGGGCGUCCCCUGGGCAACGUCCUUGCAGACGGCUAAUUCUCUCACACCAGAAAUGACUUGCAGUUUCUCAAGUUGCUCCUGACACGACCAAAAAAAAGGGGGGGGGGAGAGAGUGAACCGUGUUACUCCGUUCCCUGCUGUCUUUCCCUGUUUUCUGGGUUGACCAGCCAUCCCAUGUCCUUUCUGUACCUUUCCCCGUUGUCUCCCUGCUUUCUCCAGUUUGAAGUUGGAGUAGAACCAACUCCUGCAGGUGGUCUUUGGGCUCUGUUUCCAUGCAUUUAGCAAAAGGUGCACCAUGUAGUCCCACCAGAAGUGCCCUUACAUCAUGUAAUGACCUCCAUGGAGCUCCACACAUGAAAACAGCUUGAAAACUAUCUGACGAAGUCUUUAGAAUUGCAUACUACUCAGUAUAAUAAAACUACACAUUGAAAGGAAGUGAGUGUAAUGACCAUGUAGUGAGCUCCUUGUUUUGCUUUAUUUCAAGAUCAAUAUUUAGAAAGUAUCUGGCUCUGACUUCCUGCCACACUUCCCUAUAAUAGACAGAAUGCUAGUUAAGCCAAACGUAGCAGUCAUUGGAACAAAAAAAAAGAUAA